AUGUCUGGCUCGAGAAAGCGUGGGGUUGUGUUCUCAUCGGGUCGCAGCUCAAUUCAGAUUUUCACUUUGACAGUUGACAGAGAAGUCAUUUUCUCCGGCGGUCUUCAUCCUGAC